CUGUCAUAUUUUUGUGCUAAAAUUCGUAAGUGGUAAAGAACGUAAAGGAGUUAAAGAACUAAAGAAGUAAAGAAGAACAGCUGUGUCCGCCGAGAGGCCCCCGAGUAAGGGAGCAGUUGAGCGAUGAAGUGGAAAAUUUUUGCUACGCUGUUUGAGAUAUUCGUAGGCAUAUCGGCAUCUACACAUUGGGUUGUUACAGAGAAUGGACGUGUACAAUCACAGCUGGACUCAGCUUUCCAUCUUCGCCGCCCAUAUGAUCUGCUGGCACUGCUGGAGCAGGAAUCACGAGUCAGAAACAUAGACAUGCUGUACAAGGAACUGGUGUCACACAAAGCUGCCAUAGACAGAAAGUGGGCCAGUCUAGAGGGUGCAACAGACCUAGAAGCUCGAUUGUAUUCACAUGAUCCUGAUUGUCUUUGGGCUGGACAUCCUUUGUCAGAUACAGACUUAUAUCCCAGCCUGGCUGGUGAUAUCCAGGAUCGCAUUAGGUUGGAUCAGUACCUUCCAAUUGGUGUACCUGCAGAUGGACCUUCAUUGCCUUUCUGUAUGCACACAUUUUCCUUGGAUUUCAGUAUGCAAACAUUUGAGCACCUCCAUGCAAUGGUGGCAAGAGCUAACCUCUCAUCAAGUCCUGAACUGGGCCUUGCAGCAGCUAUACUGGGGGACACAGAUGUGGCCCAGUUUGGUCACCACGUGGCUCUGGGACUGCAGAGGAACUCCACUUCCUGGUUUCAUCACAACUUGGCUUCCAUAUAUUGGCGCAUUAGAGGAGAUGCACCAAAUGCAGUAGAAUGUGCACGCAAGGCUGUGCACUUUGCACCCAGGCAGUACAGAGACCUGGCUCUGCUCAAUCUUGGCGCUAUUUUUCACCAGUCUCGGUUCUCAGCUGAAGCAGCCAUAAUUCUUCACGCAGCUGUGGAUCAUGCUCCCCUGAUGGCCCCUAAUCACUUUUUGCUUGGUAAUGUGUACGCAGUUCUUGGAGACUACAACAGGUCAGUGGCAUGUUAUGACAAUGCAGUGAAGCUGAAGCCUGGUAUGGAUCAAGUAAUCCGGACUAAACAUUCUGUACUGUGCCACAGGAAAUUGGAAAAAGGCCUUCUUGAUCUUCAUGAGUCGCUGCAGUUCAUUUUAGCUGAACUGCAUGACUAUCACACUAAACAAGAGCAGUGGUUGAAGCACCAGGAAAAACUGGUCUGGGAGCAAGCUCCCCUAGAUGUUCGUUUGUUGGGACAAGAUCAUAGUUCCUUACUGAGUAAUAGAGGUCAGAGCUGUAUGCAGCGGGUCCAGGAUGGACGUCCAGUGUUGAGUUGUGAUGUGAACAGCGACAGUCAGUUGCUAGCGCACAGUCUACAGAUUGACAUCACUCUUAGUCUCCAGAUGCUUCUCAAGAAUGUGGAAUCCCAGGCAAAGAAGAUCAGUGAACAGAUGUCGCGACGAGGUCCUUUGUCUCCUGAGCUGAUGACACGAGAUCAGAAUGGGGCUCAGAUACUGCAAGCUGAAGGUCAGGAAGUGCUGUCAGGCAGCAGCAUCAAGUAUCACAGUCCCACAGUUGCACCUGUGUUUCCUGCAGAAGCCAUUGAAAAAACAGAGGAUCCUACCCAAGCAUAUGAACAGGAAGACUGGCCCCGCCAGGAGGAAUGCAUGGCACUGACUUCAUCAGACUACUUCCCCCCUGUGUUCCUGCCUCCAGAGAAUAAGGGAUUUGAAGUGCACUUAUAUCUGGGCCAACUGAUAGACUUAGCUCCUGGCACAGAGCAUCCUCUGCCAUGGUACCCACCUCUUUGUGAUGUUGCCAGCACUGAUGCUGAUCCAGAGCUGGAUGCUUACUUCCCGUCCUCGCUAACGAAAGAUGGUCUCCUGGAUGUUCCCGUCCGGGAGGCCAGUCUCAGGCGGCAUCUCACUAAAUAUGUUAGUGAGGGACAUAACAUGGUGGAAGCAGAGAUUGGGCAACGGAUUCUCACGGCCAUCAAUAAGGGUGUUGGUCCAGGCUGGCUUCUGCAGACCAUAGCCUCUCUGUAUUGGCGUAUACGUGGAAAUUCCCGUAAUGCAAUGAACUGUCUCCGUAUGGCUCUCACAUCAGCUCCAAGAGAGUUUCAUGAUGUGGUGUUGGUAUCUUUGGGCUCUUUGCUUCAUAAGCUGGGAUAUCUGGAUGAAGCACUUCGAGCUGCAUCAGAUGCACUAGCUAUAAAUACUGUAGAGCCAGCAACACAUUUCUUACUGGCAUCUGUGCUGGAUGGUAAGGGUAACCAUACUGGAGCCAUACAUCACCUCAAACAGGUCUUGACUGUGAAUCCAAACUUUCUGGAGGGUGGUGACGUAGAGAAAUAUCUGGUGGCGGUUUCAUGUCGUGAAAAGUUCAGUGCUAGUGGAUACACCACAGCUUCAGGACAAGACAGCCCUGAGGAAAUGUGUGGGGCUACGAGUGGAGUGCAAGGAGGCAGGCAUAUUGCUGUGGAAGGACUCAAGGAGGGAGAGACAGUCCUUUGCAGUCCAAAUGGGGAGCAGUGUCAUGCUGUUCAGUGCUUUUCAACCACCCAUGACAGUGGUGGAAUUGUGACCCUUGAGCCAGCUGCAGUGUCUCGACUCUUGGGUCUCGGCUUGGGAGGUCAGUGUGGAGAGGGUCAUGGCCUGCUUACUGAUGUGCUUGCUGUGGAGGUAGACAGCAGAGCAACUGAACAAGUGGAUGAAACAGAACUUGAACGCAUGACUGAUGAUAGGGCUGUUCCCAAUAUGAGUCCUCGCAGUUAUCCAAGUUUUAAAACCUAAAGACAGACACAUAAAGUUGUAAUACAUUCCCUGAAAAGAGAUUAUUUAUGACUUUAAUAAGUUGGUAUCAGUGCUGUUAGGAAAAGUAAACUGUUAUUGGACAGACAUGUGUUUAAAUUGGUGCUUUUAAGCUCUUCCAUAUCCAGAUCAUUCCAUAUACGUUACAUAUGUGUAUGUCACAUAUUGAACAUUAUGUAUGAUGUUCAAAGUAGAUUCGUUGUCAUGUGGGUUAUCUGUUGGGGCUAGAGGUCACAUGUUGUUAUGUCAUAACCAAAGUUGCUGUUUUGGAGUCAGCUUGUAGAUUUCAACUUUGCAGUGUCAGUUUAUACAUUCUUAAAUGUGUGUUGCUGUUCAUUCAUACACAGACAGCUAACACGGUGGAGAGCAUUAUCCCUUUUGGCAGUGUACAGUUUCUUUAUGCAGUUGCCAGAAGAUUAUGACAUAUACACAGUAACUGUAUGUUCUGUUGUUAUGAGCAAGAAAAUUAAAUGAAAAAUAAAUAAGGAAACCAUUUGCACUUGGUAGGCAACUGGAGGAAGUAAUACAAAAGGGAACUUCUGACAGUAUUAGUAGGCUAGUUUACAUAAUAAUGGAUUGUCCAAUAGUUUUAAAAGUCCAUAGUGUUAUCAGCCAAUGUAAUUUCAUCUAAAAUUGAUGGCUUCUGUACUCACAAGAUCAUAAUCCAAUAACGGACUCUUAACCUUUGAAUAAGAUGAAAGUUUUAUGUUCUAUUAA